UCUGCAAUUUUAUUAGCCUGUAAAACCUACAGGAGUGAAUGCUUGUGGUGUCUGAUUACUCCUCAGUUCAUAAAUUUUGGCUAACACAAAUGCUACAUACAGGGACAGAUGAAUGAUGCUUCUGAAGUGUUGGGUGUCAUAUUUGAUUGCCUUCAUCAAUUAUUUACCUCAACCAUGUGUACUUCUGAUGCCGAAUCAUUAGAUAGCAACUGCAUGGACUCUUGGGAUUGCACAAAUGGUGCUUGCGUUGCACAUUCUCUUUUUGGCAUGGACAUAUUUGAAAGAAUGAAUUGUUACAAUUGUGGUCUGGAGUCCAGACAUUUAAAGUACACUUCAUUCUUCCACAAUAUCAAUGCCUGUGCUCUGCGUACUAUGAAGGUUAUGUGUCCAGAAAGCUCUUUUGAUGAGUUUCUGAACCUUGUUGAGAUGAAUCACCAAUUAGCUUGUGAUCCUGAAGCUGGUGGCUGUGGAAAGCUUAACUACAUCCAUCAUAUUCUGUCGACCCCACCACAUGUUUUCACAACAGUUUUGGGUUGGCAGAAUACCUGUGAACAUGUUGAUGACAUAACGGCCACAUUGACAGCCUUAUCUACAGAGAUGGAUAUCAGUGUCCUUUAUCGUGGUCUUGAUCCAAAAAAUAGGCACUGCUUGGUCUCAGUGGUUUGCUAUUACGGGCAGCAUUAUCACUGUUUUGCGUACAGUCAGGAUCAUGAACGGUGGCUUAUGUAUGAUGACAAAACCGUGAAGGUAAAUCCCAUUAGUCUUGCUUUUAUGCCUUCUAUACCUUUGUUUCACGAAACAAGAAGAGAGCAGGAGAAAUUGGCCUGCAGCAAAGUUUUGAAAGAAGUUUGGUCUGAAGAUUAG